AAACAUACAGCAAGAAACUCUAAACAAACACCUUUUUUUCUACAAAGGUUUUAAUAUCACUAAUUGUUUUCUAAUUUAAUAAAAAAAAAAAAACUCAAGUACACGAAAUGACUCGAUCACUGUCGCUGCCCAAAUCAGCAGAAUUUUUUUCUCACGCGAUGCAAAAAGCGUGUAGGAGCUUCUAACUCGUAUCUAUUUCUCGCUAAUUAAGUUAUUUAUAAAGGCAGACAAAUCUUAAAGAUAUCCACAGCACUACGCCAUUAGCCCCGACCAAAUAUCAUACAUAGUCCAUGACCAUAUUAUAAACAUACAAAUAUCCUUCCUAAUGCCUUCUCAUUCAUCAAACCUUCUCUUUCUCUUCUUAUUGCUUCUCCUUACCACCCACCAAUGCCACCGGGUAACGGAGGCCGCUGGUGGCCGGUGGCAACUGCUGCAAGAAAACAUUGGCAUAACAGCUAUGCACAUGCAACUUCUCAACAAUGACCGUGUUGUAAUCUUUGACCGGACAGACUUUGGACUGUCAAAUCUGUCGCUACCAAAUGGUAAGUGUCGAAAAGAUCCUACUGAACUUGUACUCAAAACUGAUUGCACUGCCCAUUCAGUUGAGUACGAUGUUUUAAGCAACCAAAUUCGGGCUCUUAUGGUACAGACAAAUGUUUGGUGCUCCUCCGGUGCUGUCAUGCCAGACGGAAGUCUGAUCCAGACUGGAGGAUUCAAUGAUGGUGAACGUAAGGUCAGAACUUUCGAUCCAUGCAGCAGCUGUGACUGGGUAGAAUUAGGUGAUGGACUCAAGGCAAGAAGAUGGUACGCUACUAAUCACAUAUUGCCUGAUGGUAAGCAAAUUAUUAUUGGUGGAAGAAGGCAAUUUAACUACGAGUUUUAUCCCAAAAGCGCCGCCCCAGAUGUUUAUAGUUUGCGAUUUCUAGUGGAAACUAAUGAUCGUAAUAUAGAAAACAAUCUUUAUCCGUUUGUUUUCCUAAAUGUCGAUGGGAAUUUAUUCAUUUUUGCUAAUAAUCGAGCUAUAAUGUUCGAUUACAAGGUUGCUAAGGUGGUCAAAACUUACCCAACAAUACCUGGAGGUGAUCCACGAUCCUAUCCUAGUACAGGCUCUGCCGUGAUGCUUCCAUUGAAGAAUUUACAAGCAGAAAAUAUUGAAGCUGAAGUUUUGGUAUGCGGAGGUGCGCCAAAAGGUUCUUACACCGAAGCUAUGAAGGGCAACUUUGUUAAAGCAUUAGAUACUUGUGGAAGGAUGAAGAUAACAGACGCAAAUCCACAAUGGACUAUAGAGACUAUGCCUGAAGCCAGAGUCAUGGGUGACAUGAUCUUUCUUCCAAACGGGAACGUUAUAAUUGUUAACGGUGGCGGAGCAGGGACUGCUGGAUGGGAAUAUGGCCGGAACCCAGUCCUGAAUCCGGUCCUAUAUAAGCCUGACAAUGCAAUAGGAUCAAGAUUCGAGUCGCAAAAUCCCAGUACCAUACCAAGAAUGUAUCAUUCAACAGCAAUCUUGCUUAGAGAUGGAAGAGUUCUUGUUGGUGGCAGCAAUCCUCACAUAAAUUAUAACUUCAGUAAGGAUGUUUUCUUUCCUACAGAACUAAGAUUAGAAGCAUUUUCUCCAGCAUAUUUAGACACAGCAAAUAACAAUUUGAGACCAACAAUCAUUUCUCCAGCGUCAAAAUCUAGACUCGGCUAUGCUCAGAAAUUAGCUGUGCGGUUCAAAGUUACAGGCAGAUUGACUGAAAAUACGGUGUCAGUUACUAUGGUAGCCCCUUCUUUUACAACACAUUCAUUCUCUAUGAACCAGAGAUUAUUGGUUCUUGAUAACGAGAAAGUAACAGAUGUGGGGACGGGGACUUAUGAUGUUCAGGUUACGGCUCCACGUUCGACGAAUCUUGCACCACCAGGAUUUUAUCUGUUGUUUGUGGUUCAUGAGGACAUACCGAGUGAGGGCAUUUGGGUUCAAGUGAGGUGAGAUUUUUAUAGCUCCCUAUUCACUUAACUGUAUCCUAUUUACCUUAAUUAAUUGAGAUGGUAACUGUAAUUAUCUUCGGUUUAUUUGUUGGGUUUGAUCGUAGGUAUAGCUUUUCCUCGGAUGUGUUUGGUUUUAAAUGUAUUUUAGGCUUUUAGCCUCCUCCUCAUGUAAAAGAUUCGAUAGUAGGCAGAUUCCCAAUAAAAAGAAGUCACAUGCAUUAUUACUUUCUAA